AUGAGCGUUACAGGCCGUCAGGGCCGUUCUGGAGACGAGAUGUUCGUAAACCAGCAGCGUCCCACCGGCCGAGACUCCCCCACCAUCGUCGAACCGUUGCGCAUCAACAAGAGAGCCUCCAACGCAUCCCAGGCUUCAACUGCAAGCCAGCAAUAUCCUCCCCCCGAGCAGCGAUCGGCAAGCCAGACUGCAUACCCCAUGCCUGCAUUGCCAUAUCCUGACGGCAGAGCAAACACUACAUCCCCACCUGUUCAGUCCAAUGGUUCCCCAACUCCAUAUCCGUACCCCGAUGUAAGACGACACGCAUCACCUGAGCAGCGGACUGGUAGUGCCGGCGCUAUAGACUACAACCAGCGCACUGGGUCGUUCAGCUCGCAAGAUUACACUACGUCCAUGCGCCCAGGCACAUUGGCGGAGCGCCGCGGUACAUCUGGCCCAAAACCACUGCCUGAGUCCCCGGGACCCGAAGCCCCGGACAAAGAGGGUCUGUUCCAGCGCGCUCCACAAAGAGACGGACCUGUCACUGCACCACUCCCUGCUGCAGCCCAACAAUUCUUCCCACCACCUUCCGUUGACUACAAUAGAUUGCGGACUAGGGAUCCGAAUGCUGUGAAUCGCAUCAGCUCAACCGCAUCCACCUCGACCACUCGAGCCACCCGUGGCUCUCCUCCGCCUCCGGAAACGCCGAUAGCCGGACACGGCCAGCCGCUACCUGGCGCAAGAGUUCCGAGCGACAUUGAGGCUCGCUAUGCUGCGUCUGGAAUCGCUGGCACGAACACUCUGAAUAGCCUGCAGGCGCAGAGCCUGGCCUCGCAGCAGCGGUCGGCACAGUAUGCCGGGCAGCAGCCAACGGCACCGGCCAAUGCUGCGCCUCCGCGGCCGUGGACGCCUACUGAGCAGCCUGGGAGUAGUCGUCAUCCGCCACCUACUGUAUACCAAGGAGGGAGUGCUGUGGAGGGCCAGUCGCCUCCUCAACAACCCGUCAAUCCCGAGCAACAGCCAAGGCCCAUCCAGCCCACUUCCCCAUCAAGAGUACCACAAAACCAGCUAGAGAGCGAAAUGAAUCGAUUGGCUGUGCACGAUGAGCCGCCACCCGCAUACUCGCAAGUCCCUGGGAGUAGACAGAGCGGGUACUCGGCCGAGAAACAGCGACGAAGUACGACAGGGGGGCUGGCUGCCGUCGCUGCUGCGAAUGCUGCUCAACAGCAAGCAACACCUCCGAAUCAGCAGGAUCAUCCCGCAUUUGCCAACGACCCACGGCAGCAGCAGCCUGCGCAACAAGCCAAUGGAGUCGGGGGUCCCGCUCAGCAUCAAGCGCAGCAGCCAUCACAAAUGCACCCACAAAUGCAACAACCACAGUCAGCAGUUCAGCCUCCCGCGACUCCUUCACAAUCCUCGCACCCACCCGCCUCGCCGCCUCCUUUGCCAGAGGGCUGGAUCGCCCACCUAGACCCGAACUCUGGGCAGUACUAUUACAUUCACUUACCUACGCAAUCAACGCAAUGGGAGUUUCCGAAGGGCCCAACGCCUUUGAACCUCAAUGAUACGCCUCUUUCGCCUGCGGGCAGCACCUUUCAAAACCCUCUCGCCUCACCGGGCCUUUCUUUUGCAUCAGGGAAACCUCUUGCGUCCCCCGGGCUACCAAUGACUCCUGGCUAUGAUCAUAGUGGUUCGCUUUCUAAUCCUGCCAAUUUCACAGGCCCGCCACCUACAAGUGGUGUUGAGCUCUACAAGGUUGCGGCAACUAACGGCGUCUAUUUCGGUCCCUACCUGAGGUACACGAACAUGGAUCUGGAACGCGGGCUUUGGCUCGGGUCAAUCAUGCUCGUCACAGAUGCCCCUUCGCCGCCGACCAUACACAUACAUCAGAGUAACGACUUGUCGGCGAAUCCGAGGCAACUCAAAGCCCUGAAUAUUGCGACACAUCAGCGGUGGACAUUCUACAAGUACGAGAUCGAUCUACAGAUGGAUGAGGGCGGCCCAUCCAAGUGGACCUAUGCGAUCACAUCUCACCUUGGCUGCACGAGAUAUGAAUUCUUGGUGGCCGGUCGGCACGAGACAAACUGGCGUUUCGUGGCUACGUCUGGUAAUGACUUCACACUGAAUGUGAAUGCGAGUGAACGGGCACGUCUCGGCGGAGUUGGCUUCAUGUGGAAAGACAUUAUGCAGAAACACGCAGAGUGCGGCGGCUUCCAUACUCAACUUGGUCUGGGUAGCCAGAUUUAUGGCGACCGAGUGUGGAAGGAAGUCCCAUCGCUCAAGCAGUGGCUGGCGAUGAGCGGUAAAGAGAACCGGAAGAACGCUGUAUGGACAGCAGCUCAUGAAGAGGACGUCACGCAUGCCUACUUCCACUAUUAUACCAGCCACUUCGACCAGCCGCACCUGCGUGAGGCGUUUGCCCAGAUACCUUAUGUCCUAACGAUAGACGAUCACGACAUCUUCGACGGUUUUGGAUCCUACCCGGAGUAUAUGCAGUUCAGCAAUAUGUUCAAAAACAUUGGUCGGGUCGGCAUUGAGAUGUACCUGCUAUUUCAGCACCAUACAACGCUGGAGAUUUUGAGAAAUGUGGCCGACGACACGGAUCUCUUCACUAUCACCGGGACCGGAUGGCAUUUCAUCAAAUAUCUAGGCCCAGCUGUUGCCGUGGUGGGGCCCGACACGCGAAGUGAGCGUAAUCCGCAUCAAGUCAUGGCUGGGCCAACAUACCAGGGCCUUUUCCCAAAAAUUGCGAUGCUGCCUCAAAGUGUACAGCACUGCAUCAUGAUGUUGCCAGUACCGAUCGUGUAUCCCCGAUUGGAGGCAGCUGAGCAAUUUGCCAAUUCUGUUGCUACCGGUAAGAAGGCAGUAACAGGGGCGUACAACAUGCUUGGAAAGGUCACAGCUGGUGUUGCAGGCGUGGUCGGCGCAAAAGGAGCUGUCGGCUCGGGAUUCGAUACAGUCAAGCGAGCAGUGGGCAAGUCAGGCUUGAUGGGUGGUAUUUUGUCACCCUUUGGCGAUAUUGAUGUCCUUGACGAGCUGAAAGAUCAGUGGACUCAUGAAUCAAAGGAUCUCGAGCGCACUUACCUAAUCCGUACCCUCCAAGGGAUUUCCAAACAGCGCUCCAUCCGCUUCACCUUCAUCUCCGGUGCGGUCAAUACUUGUGGUGCCGGCUUGGUGCACGACCCGUCUCACCCUUCAGACCACAAGACCAUGUACCAGCUCAUCUCAUCGUCUGUGGUCAACACCCCCCCGCCCUCGUACGUCCUCAAGCUCCUCAACAAUCACAAGCCGCUUUACGUGCCUGCCAACGGCACCCGCAGCACGCCAUCUGUUCCCACCGACACAAAAGAGGAUAUGAUGGAGAUCUUUACGCACGAUGUCACGGGCCAGCCAGCACACAACCGGAAGUUGAUGCCCCGUCGGAACUACGUAGCGGUCGUCGCGUAUGAUCCCGAACAAGUGAAUGGCACGUUUGGACGCACAGACAUGAGAGGUGGCGGAAAGCUGAGUCUCGCCGCAGACUUUUUGGUGCAGGGUGAAGGGGCCUAUGGAAAUGUGGUCAAGUUCGGGCCAGUGGUGGUGCCGAGUCUGGAAUACGGUCAUUGA